AACCAAAAAAAUCCUCACAUAAAUUUCUCCAUUAUUUUACCCCAUUUUCUCUCCUACAAUUCACAUUAAGAAUCCCCUCAAGAAAUCGUCGAAACCCCACCAUCCAUUUCUAUUUUUCACAAGAAAUCAUCAGAUUUUGAAAACCCGAGUGAGGAAAAUGAGUGUUUUACAAUACCCAGAGGAGAUGAAUUCAUCAGAUCUUCAGAUAUGGAACAAUGCAGCCUUCGACAAUGGAGAUUCUGAAGAUUCAUCGGCAAUACUUAAAUGUUCUUGGUCUCCUCUGAAACCCCAGUUUUUGAAUCCUUCUGAUUCACUUGAAUCUUUUUCGAGUAAAGAAAAUGAAAAUCAGACUCAUCAGUUCCAGCAUUCCUCUAUUUCAUCUGUUUCUUCACUGAAGUCUCCAAUGUCCCAGCCACUCAAGGUUCUUGAUCCGAAUGGGCCGGUUGACAGCUCAAGAAUAAAGUCAAUUAAGGGGUAUUAUAACCAGGGUUUUGCAGAAAAGCCGAUUUUGAGGAGUAACAAUGAAGGGGAGGUUCAUGAUGAGAAGAAGAUUGAUAAGGAAAUUGAGGAAAUUGAGAUGGAAAUCAGCAGGCUUUCUUCAAGAUUAGAGGCUUUGAAGAUUGAAAAGGCUGAGAAAAGUGUGAAAAUGUCUGAAAAGAAAGGAAGGAUUGUGGCUGCAAAGUUUAUGGAUCGAAAACUGGUUGGAAAGAAUGCAGAGGAGAAGAAAAAGAUUGAAGAAAGUUUGGCUACGAGUGCGAAAACCAAGGUUCAGAGAAGAGGGCUAAGUUUGGGUCCAUCAGAGAUUAUGGCUGGGGCAAGAAGGGGUAUGAGUUUGGGACCAUCUGAGAUACUUUCUGAUGUCAAAUCCCGGCAAUUUGGUAAAAAAGAGAGUACGAUUACCCCUGUUCAGCCUAUUCAGAGUAGGCGAAAAUCGUGUUUCUGGAAGCUGCAAGAUAUUGCAGAAGAGAAGGUGACUAAAGAAAGGAGAAAAAGCUUGAGUGUUAGUCCGAAAUCAAGAAAAAAUUUAGCAGGAAAAACUCAGGGUUCAAGGCAGGCAGUCACCACAGUUGCAUCAAAGAAGACUGUGAAGAAAGAAGAGAUGUUUGGUAACUCUGUUCAACCGAAAAAGUUGUUCAAAGAUGCUGAAAAGUCAGUUACAGCUACUAAUAAGAAGCCAUUGAGGCCAGGGAGGGUUGUUGCGAGCCGCUAUAAUCAGAGUAGUAGUCAGACCUCAGCAAUGAGAAAGAGAUCUUUGCCUGAAAAUGACAAGGAUGAAAACAAGAGAUGUGAUAAGAAACGCUCUCUAAAAGAAGAAUUUAGGCACGAGAGCAGCAGGGUGAAGAAGAGAUGGGAAAUUCCCGCUGAUCUUGUUGUUCAUAGUUCUGAACCUGAGAGUUCUUCUCCAACGACCUCUGUUGUGCCUGAAAUACUUCCAAGAAUUCGUAUUGCUAGGUGCAUUAAUGAGUCCCCCAGGGACUCUGGACCAGCCAAAAGGGUAGCUGACUUGAUAGGAAGGAAGCAAUAUUUUGCUGAGGAUGAAGAGGAGGAGCCAUCAUCAUUGUGCCAAGCCCUAAGUUUUGCAGAUGAUGAGGUUUAAAUAUCUGAUAAAAAUGAUGAAAAUCAUGGAGGUCUCUCAGUCUCCACAAUCUAUUUCUUGAUUCUAGUUCUAUGAAAUUUAAGUCAAUUGAUGCUUGAGUCUGUAAACUUUGGUAAGCAGGUGAGCAUUCUUGUGCUCACUCCUAAGUGAUACAUGAGAUUAUGAAUCAAUCCUCUCAUCUAUGGUGUAUCUGCAAUAAGCUGUUCUAUGGAUUUAUGUGUGAAUACUGAGUUUUGCUUCACUUAA